AUGCCUUCGGUGCAGCAGGUCGAAGAUCUCCUCCGCGCCGCGCUCGAGGCGGAGACGGUGAAGGUCACGGACAUCAGCGGAGACUGCGGUGAGAGCUUCGAGGUCGAGGUCGUGAGCAAGCAGUUCCAGGGGAAGCUCCCGAUCGCGAGGCACAGGCUCAUCCACGACGCGCUGAAGAACGAGAUGGCGUCGAUCCACGCGCUGUCGAUAAAAAAGAGUCAGACUCCCGAGCAAGCUGCGGCGGCCGCGGCGCAGUGA